AAAAAAAAAAAAAAAAAAAAAAAAAAAAAAAAGUAAGCAUUACAGUUUUUUUGAUGUCUCUGAGGUGGAAACUCCAGUUGUUACUUUUGUAUAGUUAGUGUAGCGAUGAAGUGGCAUUAUAUGUGAAAAUGGCAUCAGUGGAAGUAAAGCUCAGGAGGAACAAAAAGAAACACUCUGAUUCCGUAAUAUAUCACACUGGACUUCUUAUACCUCAGCAAAAUAUGGUCAAUAAAAUUUUGCUAGAUGGUGUUCAUUAGCGAGUGAGGUAAACAGGCUUUAUAGAAGUGCUGGAUCCUUUCAAAUACAGCCACUAAUUGUUAUACUUCUUCAGUUGAACUUACUUGAAACAAAUUUAAGCAUCAGAAUACAGAUUCUGAUUUUGCCAGUAUUCUUAACAUUAAGAUGAUAAUCUGAUAAAGCAGAAGGAAGUUAAUGGAGCAAGUUUCUUGGGAAAUAAAUUAUUUUAGAUAUUUUCAUCUCCUUUCUUGUCAUAACCUCACCAGAAAACAGCUUAUUUCUCUCAAGUCUUUUGCUUGUAAUUCUCUGCCUUGCAUUUACCUGGAAGCCUCCUAAUAGUGCAUUCUACUUGUUCGUCUGUCCCUGUUCAUAUGUAUGUUGUAUUUUACUCCAAAUAAAACCAUUGUGUUUCCAAACACUUAAUCUUGAAAGGAGCUGAUUUUUAUUUUUUUUUUAGGAAUAUUUUCUAUAGCUCUUUUCUUAGUAUCUGUAGAAAGGAGUAGCAGGUAAGUAAAGAAUCUUACUAGAAAUGCAAAGAUGUAAAUUACAGAUUCAUGCCCAAAGCCACACCACAUCAAACAGCUGUAAAAAAAGUGCACCAGUGGCAAGGUUGGGAAAAGACUGUUAUCUGUGUGCUACAAAACUGGUAUUUAACAGUGCUUGUCUCAGGAGCUGUUUGAACUGAAAUGAAUUUUUCCUCAUUCUUUCUCUAAUGGGUGAAGCUGUUUAAAUUGCUUAAGUGGUGAUGCCCCCAGUCGAAUCUGCCAUACCCUUGCAGUCUGUAAGUUCUUUUGUUGUCCUUUUCCCCACAGUGGUUGAGUGAGAUUGUUUGGGAUAAAGUCCUGUGUCUGUAGCGUGGUAUUAUUGCUGGAGCACGAUAGUAGGGCUUUAUGGAGUGAGGUAAUCCUUAUGCAGUGUCAGUUAAAUUAAUGAAAGGUAUUGUUUUGCAGUAGUGAUUCUCUUUUUCUUGAGAUAGAUACCAUGUUUUGAAGAUGAAGAUGACAUCUGAAUCUCUCCUGAUUGUGCCUGGUGUUUCUAAAAUGUCACGUCUUUCCCUGAGGUGUAUAUUCUAAUACGGCUUUUACCAAAAAAAUGGUAUUGUUUCUUUUUGUUUUUAAGAAGUUCGUCAUACUCUUCAAAUAGACGUCAUCAGUUUUUUCCGCUUCAGCUGUUAAUUCCCUAGUUAUGCCUGAAAGGAAUGUUUAAAAAAAAAUUUCCUCUAUAAUUGGCUGAUUUGCAGGAAUCAAAUAUCUUUCAAGCUAGGUGAGGGUUUUUGAUUGCAAAUUGAAGCAUAUUCUCUACAGGAAUGAUAUCUACGCAGCUCAGUUUUGCUAGUAUUGACUCUGACAGCUGACAAAAGACCCUGUGCUGUAACAGUGACUUGAGUUCACCAGUUGGUCAUUAAUAAAUAAGCCAGCAGUGCUGCAUGCUGCCUUCUUAAUGAGACAGUAUAUUACCUGAUGUUCUUUAACUGUUCAUAAAGUACUCCUUAAUCUGUUUUUCUCUUAUGGAUAAUAGCCUUUUCUUUUUGUUUUUAUGUGAAAUGAAUGUAAAUGUAAUUUUAAUGUAAAAUGAAUACUAAUAUAUAAUACUUAAACUGUAAGUGCUUCUCUUUUUAUUUGAUAGACCAAUGCAAGGACAGCUGCAAUCUGGACAUUUCCACAUACCUUGCUUUUUAGGCAACCCACAGUCUUCUGCCAGCCACUUAGAAUUCAAAUAAUCUAAAAAGUUCUUAAGAUUCCUCAGUCUGAUUUCCGCCUCCUGGCAUUAUCUAGGGCUGCUCUUGGCUUCUGCGUGAUACCGAAUGCUGUCAGACCACAGUCAAAUGAUUCUUACUGCCUCAGGAAACAAGCGUGAAUCAUCAUAGGGUGUCACAUGGAUCAAGCUUAAAAAGUUUGAGCUGUUCUAGGAGGCCAGGCCUUUUAAAAUAAAUUAAAAAAUAAUUUGAUGUCAUUUGAAGGUAAGUUUGUACUUAAGCAGGUAAGAAAUGUUAUCAUAAUUAUUAUUGUACAUGUUUCUAACUGGCUUUGAGCAGAGAAUGUGCCCGUGGGAGUUACCCUAUGGCUGUUAAUUUUAACAAUGUCCCAGUGAAAGCACUGGCCCAGGAUUCCUGCCCUGCUCUGGCCGCCUACAGACUCUCCCUGAAGGCACCUCCUUAUCAGUGUCCUCUCAGACAUACCCUGAAACAUUAGGCAGCCUAUUUGGAGUCAACUCUUCUUCAAAUAAAGGUCGGUAGGUACAUGUCAUUCUAUUCCAGCACUCUGAGUAUCUAGAGACUUUGAUAUUUAUCAUUUGUUAAUUAUUACUUUUAGGAACCUGUUCAUGUAGUGUCUUGGAGUGCCGUGAUGGUGAUGGCAGUGCAGAGUGGUUGGUGCAGGACUCUGACAGGGCAGCAGAUCAUGACUGACAGCAGGUGGUGAACAAGAGAGCUGCCGGGAGACCUUUCCAAACUGCAGGCAAGCUUUGACAGACAGAAAGUGUGAACUGACUGAAGACAAGUAGAAGAACUGACUAAGUAGGCCAGAGCACUCGUCCAAGAGUUGUCAUGACCUACGAGUUGUCGAAGAUCUGGAAAUCCACCUGGAUUCUUUCUUUCUCCUGAAGUGAAGAAACGUGGAGCUUAGAGUAGCAACUGUGAACUGGCAAUUGAAACAGAAAAAACAUAUGUGGGGGCUGCAACUCACUUGGCUGUACAUCUGCUUCCCUUGAUAACAUCACAAAACAUUUGGAGAGGCUCUAGAGACUUUUCCAGCACUUCCCUUUGAUAAUCAAUGAAUGUGCUAACAGCCAGCAGGUUUCCAUUUGGAAAGGAGUGCCUUCAGGAAUGCUUUUGAUUAGGUUUACAUAGGGCAGUUCUCAUACUGUCCCAUCAGUCCCUGGCCUGCUGUGGAGAUGGACUCCUGCCCUUUCUCACCCACUUCCCCCAGACCCUACACUCUCACAUUUGAUAAAGUCCAAGUACUCACCCAGGCUAAAAGAAGGAAGUUCAAAGGAGAUGUAAUCUUGAAUGCCAUCAGAAAUAGCACAUUAUUUGAGCAGAAUUCAGGGUUACCCAUGAGACACAUUUCCAGGGCUGGCUGGCAUGUUGCAAUUCUGCAGGCAAGACAGGAACAGCAAGGAUGUUGCAGAAAAGCCACGAGCUCCCUCAAAACUGUACUCUGAGAGGGUUUGACAAAACCUGAUGUUGUCGAGUGGCAACCUCCACAGUGCUAAAACACGCUGUGAAGAAUAGAUUCACUUACAGGAGAUGCAUGAACCUUUUGCAACCACCUUUUCUACCAUGCAAAAAAAAGAAAAAAAAGUGGCGUCCCACUUUGUGAUGACUUUGCUACUGCAGGCAGCUGGUCAGCAAGUCCACCAGAAUCAUUCUGCUGGUCUCAACAACUCAGCGUGACAUACUCUGCAGUUUGGGCUCCUGUCCAAAGGCCCCGUGGUAGGGGUUCUCACCCCUACCCACAGCAGGAUGCCUCUGCUCUGCCAGUGCCUGAUGGGAUGCUGGAGCAGCACACGCAGCGCUGCCAGGGAACGUGUUGCUGGCGCUGGAGGAAUGAAACUGCCAACAGCUGAGCAGAUCUUUGCAGAACAGACCUGAAAGGUGCUGAGGUCCUGGCAUGGAAAAAAAAAAAACCCAACCCUGUGUUUAGACAGAGGAAGGAAGCUGAGCCCUUGGACUUGUUCAGACCCUUUUUAUUGCUGCAGAUGCUGCUGGUAGCCUCCUUCAUGGGGAGACCUGUCUAAAAUGGUUGAGCUCAAAGUGUACCUUGGCAGGGGCCCAAGCGCCCAGGGUUCACGUUCAGAGCUGGCAUCUCGGUGUGCAUUCAGAUGACCCAAAGGCCUCCUACGUCCUUCUGCCUCCACAACGGGCCACAGACACCUUUUCUCAGUGGCCUUUGUAUAUAUUUGGUCCUUGCUGCUUAAAAGUAUUUUAAAACAGCCACCUCUCAGAAAAAAUUCAUCUGCAGCGGUGAGGUUUGAGCAUGAAGGUGGCUUUUUGAUCCCGUAUCUUAUCAUGCUGAUCGUUGAGGGGAUGCCUCUGCUCUACCUGGAGCUGGCCGUGGGGCAGCGCAUGCGUCAGGGCAGCAUUGGCGCCUGGAAAAUAAUAAGCCCCUACCUCUGCGGUGUCGGUGUUGCCAGCGUCGUCGUCUCCUUCUUCCUCUCCAUGUACUACAACGUGAUAAAUGCCUGGGCCUUCUGGUACCUCUUCCACUCCUUCCAGGACCCCCUGCCAUGGGCCACCUGCCCCCUGAACAGCAACCGCACCGGCUACGAGGAGGAGUGUGAGAAGACAUCAUCCACCCAGUACUUCUGGUACCGCGAGACCCUGAACAUCUCUCCCUCGCUGGAGGACAGCGGGACCAUACAGUGGGAGCAGGCCCUCUGCCUGAUGCUGGCCUGGCUGGUGGUCUACCUCUGCAUCCUGCGCGGCACCGCGUCCACCGGCAAGGUUGUCUACAUAACAGCUUCUCUGCCCUACUGUGUUCUCAUCAUAUACCUCAUCAGAGGAUUGACACUUCAUGGCGCUGUCAACGGGCUCGUCUACAUGUUCACGCCGAAGCUGGAGCAGCUGUCCAACCCCAAGACCUGGAUCAGCGCUGCCACGCAGAUCUUCUUCUCCCUGGGGCUGGGCUUUGGCAGCCUCAUCGCCUUCGCCAGCUACAACGAGCCCAGCAACAACUGCGAGAGGCACGCCAUCAUCGUCUCGCUCAUCAACAGCACCACCUCCAUCUUUGCCAGCAUCGUCACCUUCUCCAUCUACGGCUUCAAGGCGACCUUUAACUACGAGAGCUGUAUCAACAAGGUGAUCCUGCUACUGAUUAAUGCUUUUGACCUGGAGGAAGGCUCUGUGACAGCAGACAACCUCAGCGACGUGAAGGAAUACCUCAUGGCCACCUACCCACAGGAAUAUGCCCAAUUAUCGCCGCAGCUUAAAAACUGCAGCUUGGAAGCUGAACUCGAUACGGCUGUCCAGGGGACGGGACUGGCAUUUAUAGUCUAUUCUGAAGCCAUCAAGAACAUGGAGGUGCCCCAGCUGUACUCCAUCCUCUACUUCGUCAUGCUGCUGAUGCUGGGCAUUGGCAGCAUGCUGGGGAACACCGCCGCCAUCCUCACCCCGCUGACCGACAGCAAGGUCAUCACUGCCCGCUUCCCCAAGGAGGUCAUCUCAGGAGCUGUGUGUCUCAUUAACUGCGUGAUUGGCCUAACCUUCACGAUGGAGGCUGGAAAUUAUUGGUUUGACAUAUUCAAUGACUACGCGGCCACCCUCUCGCUGCUGCUCAUCGUGCUGGUAGAAACCAUUGCCGUGUGUUACAUCUACGGGAUAAGAAGAUUUGAGAAAGAUCUUCACGGCAUGAUUGGGCGCAAGCCCAACUGGUAUUGGAAGAUUAUGUGGGCUUUUGCUAGUCCUUUGGUAAUUGUAAGCCUGUUUAUAUUUUACAUCACCGACUACAUCCUCACAGGAACGCUGCAGUACCAAGCAUGGGAUGCCACACAGGGGCAGCUGGUGACCAAGGACUACCCGAGCUACGCCCUGGCGGUGAUCGGGCUGCUGGUGGCAGCAUCCACCAUGUGCAUCCCCCUGGGGGCACUAGUGACUUUUAUAAGGAAGAGACUGAAGAGGGAGAGAGUCUCCACCGUGGCAUGAAGGCCUCCAGCUGGAUUUGAGAAGACCUUACCCCCAUCGUCAGCGACUGGGCCCUGCUGGAAGACAGCAGCAACCAUUAUUUGUAGCAGCUAUUUAUAGAGUCCAGAAUGGUGGGUGCUAUAUUGACCAAAAAGUGAUCUUAGGAGGUUCCACAAUGGUUUGGGGAAAAAAAAAAGCUCUUCUGUAACAAGAUGAAGCUUUAAUAUGGCCUCUGUAUGAGGGGAAAAAAAAGAAGAGCAGCUCACAAACAGCCAGCGCAAAUUAACCAGAGUAACAACCCCUUACACAACGUUAGGCAAUUCUUUUCCACUCUGUUGUAGCACAGCCUUUGUGGAAACAUGAGCAACCAACCAAAGUACCAGCAAACACCCUUAACAGUGAAGAAAGUCCCGCUCAAGCACACACAUUCUUUGAAAUGACAUCUGUAUUUCACCAACGGCUGAGACUCCUCAACCCUUCCACCACGGAUGUGAAUAACCGCUUUCCUACGAGGGAACAGUCAGCAGGAUGGUAUUUGAGAGGUGCUUUAACACUUGAGCUGCAGUUCUCCCAUCUCCAGAAGUAAACUUCAAUUCCAGUACGUAACUGUAGGAAUGCACUUUUUAAGUACACUGAAAUAAACUUGUGAUAAAGCUUC